AUGAAUACCAGGUUUCUUCUUACGAUCUUUAUCAUAACAAGCUCUCUUUUUUUCUGCUCUGACGCUGCCCCUGCACCGGCAGCCGAUGAAGCUUUAGUUACGAUCGACUCCCCGGAAGUCCAGACCAAUUGGACUGAAUCCAGUUUCUUGCAAUGUGUCAAGCAGCUAAAUGGCUUUAAGUCCGCUAAUAUUGUGGAUGGCAACAUUGCUUUCAAGUGCCAUGGUGUGUAUGGCAAUGGUGACCUGAACCUCCAUGCUCCUAGUGGCAAGAAGGCCGAUAGCUGUGCAGCGAGCUUUCCCCUUUCAAUCUCAGAGGAAGUCAAUAUGACGAGCUGUACCACGGAACUCUCAAAGAACUUCGAAGAAGCCGCCCCAUUUCGUGCUGCCGUUGAUGCCAUCUGUCAUGAUAUUGUCGGAAGUUGGGUGGACAAGGAAAUCACCCAUAUGACUCACCACUUUACGGAUGCCUCCUCUAAAUCCGAUUCAUGGCUGUUGAAGAACAAGAAAGUCAUCUUAAAGACAACAAUGAAUAUGAUACCUCAGACUCGUGCUGCUCUAAACGCUGGCAAGAUAGCCAAAGCCACACUGGAUACUCUGUGUGAGAAUGGAUUAAGAGAUUUUGGCACCAAAGGGAAAGGGUGCACACACGAAUUGCACUACUACAAGAACACUAUUGGUAUCUCGCAUCACGGCAUCCCUUAUGACCGUGCCACUACAACAGGAGUGACAAACGGUAUGGUUGAUUUAUUUGUGGACAAUAUCAAGAACAUAAUUGGUACUAUCGACCUGUCCUGGUCCAAGCCUUAA